CGAGUCUAAAAUUUCAAUUUUACAUUUUACAAUUUAAUCAUUCUCAGUACAGAUGUCCUUUUCAGAUUAACCAUGGCUGAUUUAUUAGUUUUGGGUCCUGGAAGACUUGGCAUAAGAAUUGCCCAGAAAUGGCAAUCUGAAUACCCUAGUUCAAAUAUCUAUCUCAAGUUCAAAUCAGAAAAUCCAGAGCGAAGUAAAGAGAUGGAGGAGAAGGGGUUCAAAGUGUUGUCUGAAGGAUCUGAUAUAAAGGUGAAUAAAGUAGUAUUCUGUGCUCCUCCACACGGAAACCCAGAUUAUCCUGCAGACGUAGAGCAAGGAUUCAGCUUUCUCAAGAGUAAAGGAAUCUUGGUGUUUACCUCCUCGGGUAGUGUAUAUAAGGAGAAUAAUGGUGGUGAAAUAAAUGAAGGAAAUUCACUGCAAAAUCAUUAAAAUUAAGCAAAUAAUUUAUUCUUUCAUAAACGUCAUUAAACUGAGACUG